AACCAGCUUCAGGUGUGUGAGCUUGUCUCACAGCUGAACUAUGAUUUUAUUAACCCACAGGAGCAACUGAGAAGGAAGUGACUCUUUCAGUGUGUGAUGUGUGUGAGGCUUCCACUUGAACAAGCUGCUGCUUCACACACACAGACUAAGAUAUAUUUGUUAAGUGUUUGUAUUGUUGUAAAAGCGUUAGAAAUCAAAAGCUGAGUUCUCUCUAGAGCUCCAGCAGCAAAUAUGUUUGCUUAAGUCGUCUGGCUUCCAGUUUGUCUUGUUAGUUUUAUGUUCUUCUUUGCUCUUCUAUAACAGUAGGACCAUCCUACGCAUGUUUUACGCUCUGUAGAGAUUUUAACAGUUCAGGUUUGUGUCAGGUUUGUUGAGCUCGAGGUUAGAGAGUGCAGUCAUGAAGGAGGAGAUCGCUGCUGCUGUGUUCUUCGUGGCUCGCCUGGUGAAGAGAUAUGGUUGUCUGGAUAAUGACAGCAGGGAGCGCUUUGCCGCUGCCCUCACCUCUGUUCUGUUUGAGAGCUACAAGAACCACUGGCACCUGAAUGCACCCACCAAGGGGCAGGCCUACAGGUGUCUCCGUAUGAACCGUGUGCGGCUGCAGGAUCCCGUGCUGCAGCAGGCCUGCGAGCGGAGUGCGGUGCGGUACGAGGAUCUCGGCCUUCCACACGAGCUGACGGUGUGGGUCGACCCUGGAGAGGUGUCCUGCAGAUACGGCGAACACAGCACUCCAUUCUGUGUCUCAGUGGUGGACAGCUGUCGUCGUGGCGAUGGGGAAUUUUCCCGUCGCAUCCACGAUGCUGUGGAACGGGCGAGCCACGACGUCCGAUCAGGAAGCUUCUCAGACGACGACACCGAGGAGGAGGGGUGCGGAGACAGCAGCAUGAGCAACAACAGCAUGAGUAGCAGCAACCUAUCAACUCUCUGCCCGGCUCCGAUUCCGCCCGCCAACCCUGAGCCCAAGACCAUCCCAACUGUCAGCAACCCCAACAGUGUCUACAGGUUCAGUGAGUUUUCUCCAGGCGCCCCUCAGACCUGGCUAAGGGAGAAGCGGAAGGCCUUUGCUGGGGAUCCAUUCCCACCUCAUCCUCCCCCAGUUGGAGGUCCGACCUCCCAGUUCUCCAGCCAGAAAGGCUUCAAGUCCUAUCGAGCCACAUUCACCUUCACCGGGCCUCGUGUUGACAAGUACCACUGGGUCAGCAAAUCCAGAUCCUAGAGCAACCGAGCCUUCAGCCUAGAAGCAGAAUCGGGUUACUGCUUGGGACAGCAACCAUAGACACUGUGGUUGGGGGAGAAAAAAGUUUCAAUGCAGUUUACGUAUCUUUAAGGGAUAAUUAUUAUUAAUUGCAUAUGGUUUAAAGUGUUAAUGAUUUAAAGUAAUGCUGUUUAAGCAUGUUUUUAAAUUUAUAAAUAUCAAGUAUUUUAAGCAGUUCUCCUUCUAAAUGUGUUUUUAAACUAAAAGUAAGUGUGAAUAAACAUUGAACUGUCAUUGAAAAGAAAUAAAAGCGUCUGUGUCAGCUCUGCUGGUUGUCCGAAGCUGUUUCCACGUUAUUUCAUAUUUUGGUUCAUCUUAAACAAGACAACAGGUUCUGGUUACACAAGUACUGGGCUGAAUUCGCUAUCAUGCAUGUCCUCCUCCCCAAACAAUACAGGUAGAGCUUUACAAUUUAAAUACAUUUUUAUUGGGCAAAACACGACAGCGAGAUGGGACAAAAUGAAUCAAAAUAUUGCAGCCAUAAAGAGAAACAACAGAAAAUAUGAGAGAAAUUGAGAAAUGAGAAAUUGUAACUAUGUAUGGCUAUAGCACAACUUUCUUUGGGCUUCAUUAUCUGAUGGAAAAUCUACCAGUGGCCAACUGUGGUACUGCAACUCCUAAUUCCUUGCAGCCAUAAAAGUGCCCCAGGAAUGAGUCCAAAAACCUGAAAAUGAGUGAGCAAUUUACCACCCACCGUUCCCUCUUAAAGUUAAUGGGUUUUUGGUUAGAUGCCUGAAAUGAGGUCUGUGGUUAACACAAGCUAAAGAAACUUUACGUUUUGUUCUACAGCAUAAACUCCACAUGAAUUUUAAAGCUUUUCUGUGUCUUAAAAAAGGCAGUUGCUAACAAGUGGCUAAAUGAGACUACAGAACGUCAUCAUGCCGACCAUGGCUUUACAGCUGUGCUAUGGGGGCGUUAAGACUUGCAACCAUAGUGCAGUUGAAUAGCCUAACAUUAGCUUUUUACUUCAUUGCAUUUAGGCUUCAAAAAUUUCCCCACACCUGUAAAAUGGGUGGAGCAGUUUAUAUUUAAACUCGGUGUUGAACACUCUUGACGAAGGUCCAGGAAGACUGAAACGCUAGUGUUACUAUCUACUAAACAUGAAAGUAUCAUGUUUGUUUGCCACAAAGCUUAUUUUCUGCAAUGAUCCUAAAUCCAAUGGAAAAAUCCCAC